CACAAACCAUUAAAUCUCCAAAUUACACACACAAAAAAAAAAAACUCUUAUUCUUCUCAAACACAAAUGGACUCCCAUAUGAAAAUCAAAAACUUAGAAAAAAACGAAUUCAUCUCUCUCCGAGAUCAUCCAUUCCCUUGUCGAUUCCGUUACGUAUCUGAAGUAAGCAUUCAACAAUCAUCGAUCAAAAAUCAUCAAUCGAACUAUAGUAGUAAUAAUAGUACGAUUGAUGAGAUUCAACAAGUUGGAAACAAUGAACGUAAACACUUCAGUCAUCGACAUAAUUUGUUAACGUACUCGUUGCGUGCCUCGGAUUCUGUGCACUGCAAUUUCUGUGAAACCACAAUUUCAGGCAUGUCGUACGGGUGCAAACGUUGUAGGUAUUUUCUACAUGAGUCAUGUUUCGAAUUUCCACAAGUUAUCGAACAUUUGGCUCAUCCUGGACAUCAAUUAAUUCUCAAGUAUAGUAGUAACGAUCAAUUUAAUUGCAAAGCAUGUCACGUUGGUGAUAAUCCUGCUUUAUUAUUCAACUUUCAUUAUUCAUGCGAUCACUGUGAUUUUUCUCUUCAUAUGGGGUGUGCGUCUAUGUCUUAUAAAGUUCUUCAUAAGGAAAUGACAUUGUCUGUAUUUUACUCGAAUCCUUUGAGGAAUGAAGCCGGACCACUCCUUUGUGAUAUUUGCAAUCACUCGAUAGAAAAAUCGAGUGGUUGGGUAUAUUAUGAUUAUGGUCAUAAUUUUGUUACACAUUUUGGGUGUGUUGCUGAUUGUGUAUACGGAAAAGGAGGAAAUGAUAAAGAUUAUAUUAUUGGUGUGAAAAAUGGAUUGAUUAAUCUUGAUGGGGACGAUACUUCUAUAGUAAACUAUCAAAAGAAUGAUGAUGAAGGAAUGAAAUAUAAGAGAUUUUUUCAUCGACAUGUUUUGCAACAAUUGGAUAGGUCGAUGGACAAUAGUGUGAAGAAUCGAAAAUGUGGAAUUUGUGGUAUGGAUGUGAGUUCAGACAAGAAAAAAGGAUGUUCAAGUUGUGAUUUCAUUAUUCAUGAGAGGUGUUCUUUUUUGCCUGAGAAAAUUCAACAUCCGUUUCAUCCACAUCCACUAACACUUGUUCCUAAAAAAGACGGAGUUGAAGUUCAAUGUGUUGGAUGUCGUCAAUCAAGUGGUUGUCACACAAAUUACACAGUUUUGUACCAAUGCAAGAUUUGUGAAUAUCAACUUCAUCCAUCAUGUGCUGCUUGUCCAAGGAGAUUAAAAAAGCUUGAUUUAACUUUGUGUUACUCAUUUCCUUAUAAGAAUGAGGUAUCAAAGCUAUAUUGCAAUUAUUGUUCAAAAGUUAUCAACAAGGAUGAAUGGCUUUACUAUGGAAGAAGUAAUGAUGAGAAGAGGCACAUUACUUGUCAAUUGGCUGUUGGGAUUUCGAAUUGUUAUGUCACGUUACGCGAUUUAGAGGUUGAGUAAUUAAUAAACUAGGGUCGUUUCUCCUGUAUUGGCCCAGAAAUCGAGUGAAUAUUGUGUCAGCCAUGACAAGUAUCACUUCUUUUGUGGUUUCAUAGAAUGCUUCAUUUGUUUUAUUUUUAUGAAUAAAUUUUGAUGAAUAGAUAUGUAUGUACUUUGAAAAAAAAUAAUUUUGUGCCAUGUAAGAUUAUUCUAUAA